UUUCAGUUGAGGAGGUAAAUGGCACAGGCCGGUGUAGAUAUCCAAACGGGAGGAAAAAUGUUGGACAAAUCUGGCGUCUUCCACAUUAUCAAAGAACUUGUUGGAUUUGUGCUUUACAUGCACCAGCAAAUCCCUCGGUCUCACUAACGUUGGUGAUUGUGGCUUUGUACACACCCCUUAGAUGCAAUUGACCUAAUUUACAUUGGAGCAAUUGGAAAUGGAAUUUACAAAUCUGAAGCUAGAGAAAGAAAGAAAUGCAUGUAAAUCAACUGACACAGAUACACAAUUUAAAGUGGCUUCUCAAAUGAAAUUGAUUGGAAAGUUAAGGGAGACAAAUAGGGGAAUCAAAAAGCUUGAAAAGCUGAUUACCACCGUUUCUAAUCUACUUAUGGCAGUCCAAACUAUGGUUUGUGAAGUUCCAGAGAUUCAGGUUGUGCUUUUGGCUCUUGGAGCAAGCCCAACACACCCUCGGCAUGUGUAUGAAAUACAUUUUACUAAUAAGGAAUCAAUUCCAAUGGGGGUUCAAAAGCCUUCAACAGAAAAGAAAGCUAGAGCAGAUAUCCUGUCCAGAAAGAUAAUUCGUGAAUUGAUAUCAAAUGGUGCAGGGUGUGCAGGGGGAUAUUCAGGACCUGCAAAGUUGUUUCUGCUAGUUAAGGCUCCAGCAAGCAUCAAGCUACCAGAAGCUUUCCUCCCAAAGCGUGAUUACACUUACAGUAAAAAGGUGAAACCUUUCAGAGUACAUAUCACAUCUUGUGAUGGAAAUGAAGAGCAUGAAAGAUCAAAUCAGUUUUAUCAGGUUGACACGACAAUCAAUAUGGAUCCUCAAAAUGUUAAUCCUCAAUCAAAUGAUUUUAUUUGGUUCCAUUGCAAACAUGCUGUCCAGGGGUUUGCAUGCCAAGUCGAGCAUUGUUAAUCAUGUGAUUCAGUAAAGGUCUCAACAAUUGAAAAUUUCAUUGUCAAAUGCUUGUAACUGAGCACCGUUUCAUAUAUAUAAAUGAUAAGUCUCUAGCUUUCAGUCUUUUCAACUUAGCUGUAAUGUAUACUAGAUAAAUGCAUUAAAAAAUGUCUGUAAAGUCUACUUUGUUAAAAUGUUGGUACAAUAACUUGAUAUGACUGAAGUUGCAUGUGUAAAACUACCAUACAUAGGUUAGAUUCUGCUGAUGCAAAAAUCAAAAUUGAGGUAUGGAAAUUAUUCUUAAA